AUGAAGCGGGACGUGCGCAUCCUGCUGUUGGGCGAGGCCCAGGUGGGGAAGACGUCGCUGAUACUGUCGCUGGUGGGCGAGGAGUUCCCCGAGGAGGUCCCCGCCCGGGCGGAGGAGAUCACGAUUCCCGCGGACGUCACCCCGGAGAAGGUGCCCACCCACAUCGUGGAUUAUUCAGAAACCGAGCAGACGGUGGAGGAGCUCCAGGGUGAGAUUGACAAGGCAGACGUGGUGUGCGUGGUGUAUGACGUGUCUGAAGAGGCCACUGUCGAGAAGAUCCGAACCAAAUGGAUCCCGCUGGUGAACGGGGAUACCAAGAGGGGACCCAGGGUUCCCAUCAUCCUGGUGGGCAACAAGGCAGACCUGCGGCCAGGGGGCUCCAUGGAGGCCGUGCUGCCCAUCAUGAGCCAGUUCCCCGAGAUCGAGACCUGCGUGGAGUGCUCGGCCAAGAACCUGAAGAACAUCUCAGAGCUGUUCUACUAUGCUCAGAAGGCCGUGCUGCACCCCACAGCCCCCCUCUAUGACCCUGAGGCCAAGCAGCUGAGGCCCGCAUGUGCCCAGGCGCUCACCCGCAUCUUCAAGCUCUCAGACCAGGACAUGGACCAGGCGCUCAGUGACCAGGAGCUCAACGCCUUCCAGACGUCCUGCUUCGGGCACCCUCUGGCCCCGCAGGCCCUGGAAGACGUGAAGAUGGUGGUGAGCAAAAACGUGGCGGGAGGUGUACGUGACGACCGACUGACUCUGGACGGCUUCCUUUUCUUGAACACGCUCUUCAUCCAGCGAGGCCGCCACGAGACCACGUGGACCAUCCUGAGGCGCUUUGGCUAUGGAGACUCGCUGGAGUUGACAGCUGACUACCUCUGCCCACCGCUCCGUGUGCCCCCUGGCUGCAGCGCCGAGCUCAACCACCGAGGUUACCAGUUCGUGCAGAGGAUGUUUGAGAAGCACGACCAGGACCGGGACGGUGCCCUCUCCCCGGAGGAGCUGCAGAGCCUUUUCAGUGUGUUUCCCGCUGCUCCCUGGGGCCCCCAGCUCCCCAGCACGGUCCGCACCAAGGCCGGGCGGCUGCCCCUGCACGGGUACCUGUGCCAGUGGACCCUGGUGACCUACUUGGAUGUCCGGCGCUCUCUUGAGCACCUGGGCUAUCUGGGCUACCCCACACUCUGCGAGCAGGACUCCCAGGCCCACGCCAUCACAGUCACCCGGGAGAAGAGGCUGGACCAGGAGAAGGGACAGACGCAGAGAAACGUCCUCCUGUGCAAGGUGGUGGGGGCCCCUGGUGUGGGCAAGUCAUCCUUUCUGCAGGCCUUCCUUGGCCAUGGCCUGGGGGAUGCCCGCAAGCCUGCCGGGGAGCCUUCCGUCUAUGCCAUUGACACAGUGCAGGUCAACGGGCAGGAGAAAUACCUAAUCCUGUGCGAGGUGGCUGCGGACAGCCUGCUGACCACCUCGGCGGACGCCUCCUGUGAUGUGGCCUGCUUGAUGUUUGACGGCAGUGACCCCAGGUCCUUCGCGCUGUGCGCUAGCGUCUAUAAGGCUGACCUGCCCGGAGGCGUCCCACUGCCCGGCCUGUCUCCUGCUGAGUUCUGCCGCCGGCACCGGCUGCCCGCCCCCGCCCCAUUCUCCUGUGCCGGCCCAGUUGAGCCCCGCUUGGGCAUCUUCACCCGGCUGGCCACAAUGGCCACCUUCCCACACCUUGUCCAUGGGCAGCUGCAGGCCACCUCCUUCUGGCUUCGGGUGGCGCUGGGAGCCGUGGGGGCUGCCGUCGCUGCUGUCCUCAGCUUCUCCCUCUAUAGGGUCCUGGUGAAGAGCCGAUGA